GCGGUCCUCCCCAGGGUCAUUCUAUGUACACACCACAUAUUUCUGGCCAGCGAGGAGAGCGAAUCAAACAGAAAGAGACAAACAGAGAUAGAUUGGAGUCUGGCACGGGGCACCUAAGGCAGCGCGCUGCAGAAAGCCCGGCCGUGGCUUAGUCUUCCCGGGUUAUUUUAAGCCGGGUCUUUCCCCGGCCACCUUUAGGAGCUCCCGGUGCGCCCCCGCCCCCCGGCAGUGACAUUCAGCCUCCAUCCAGCGGCGACCACUAGUAAAGUAAAGUUCAGGGAAGCGGCUCUUUGGGAUCGCUCCAAAACGAGUUGUGCCUGGACUGAUGUUUGAGCCAAUGUCAGAGCAGGGCAGCAGUCCCUGGCCGCCUUCCAGCACCUUUGUAAAGCGUACGGCUCGGGAGACGACUACUUAAAGUUGGAGGCCGGGGCGGGAGUUGGCGGCACGUUCACGCCGGGACUGCACUUGCUCGGGUCCGGCCGCCCGGCUCCCCCAGACUGGCCAGCUCCCGGGGCAGGGCCGGGCGAGCUCGCGGCGUGCGGGACAUGAGCCUCUAAUCGCCGGCUGUGCUCUUUUUCCAGGUGGCCCGUCGGCUGCUGAGCCCUUUGCCGCGCGAGGAGACGGUGCCCGCGGCGGCAGACCAUGACCAUGACCCUCCACACCAAAGCGUCUGGAAUGGCCAUGCUGCACCAGAUCCCAGGGAACGAGCUGGAGCCCCUGAGCCGCCCGCAGCUCAAGAUCCCCCUGGAGCGGCCUCUGGGCGAGGUGUACGUGGACAGCGGCAAGCCCGCCGUGUACAACUACCCCGAGGGCGCCGCGUACGAGUUCAACGCCGCGGCCGCCGCCGCCGCGCCGGUCUACGGCCAGUCCGGCCUCGCUUACGGCCCCGGGUCCGAGGCGGCCGCGUUCGGCGCCAACGGCCUGGGGAGCUUCUCCCAGCUCAACAGCGUGUCUCCGAGCCCGCUGGUGCUGCUGCACCCGCCGCCGCAGCUCUCGCCCUUCCUGCAGCCUCACGGCCAGCAGGUGCCCUAUUACCUGGAGAACGAGCCGAGCGGCUACGCGGUGCGGGAGGCCGGCGCCCCGGCAUUCUACAGGUCAAAUUCAGAUAAUCGACGCCAGGGUGGCAGAGAGAGGUUGGCGAGUGCUGGUGACAAGGGAAGCCUGGCCAUAGAGUCUGCCAAGGAGACUCGCUACUGUGCGGUGUGCAAUGACUAUGCCUCUGGCUACCACUAUGGAGUCUGGUCCUGUGAGGGCUGUAAGGCCUUCUUCAAGAGAAGUAUUCAAGGACAUAAUGACUACAUGUGUCCGGCUACCAACCAGUGCACCAUUGAUAAAAACAGGCGGAAGAGCUGCCAGGCCUGUCGGCUGCGCAAAUGCUACGAAGUGGGGAUGAUGAAAGGGGGGAUACGGAAAGACCGAAGAGGAGGGAGAAUGUUGAAACACAAACGCCAAAGAGAUGAUGGGGAAGGCAGGAAUGAAGCAGGGCCCUCUGGAGACAUGAGGGGUGCUAAUCUUUGGCCAAGCCCUCUCUUGAUAAAGCACACAAAGAAGAACAGCCCAGCCUUGUCCCUGACAGCUGAACAGAUGGUCAGUGCCUUGUUGGAGGCUGAGCCCCCCAUACUCUAUUCUGAGUACGAUCCUACAAGACCUUUAAGUGAGGCCUCCAUCAUGGGCUUGCUGACUAACCUGGCAGACAGGGAGCUGGUUCACAUGAUCAACUGGGCAAAGAGGGUGCCAGGCUUUGUGGAUUUGACCCUCCAUGAUCAGGUCCACCUUCUGGAAUGUGCCUGGCUAGAGAUCCUGAUGAUUGGGCUUAUCUGGCGCUCCAUGGAGCACCCAGGGAAGCUCCUGUUUGCUCCUAACUUGCUCUUGGACAGGAACCAGGGGAAAUGUGUAGAGGGCAUGGUGGAGAUCUUUGACAUGUUGCUGGCCACAUCGUCUCGGUUCCGUAUGAUGAAUCUGCAGGGAGAGGAGUUUGUGUGCCUCAAAUCUAUCAUUUUGCUUAAUUCUGGAGUGUACACAUUUCUGUCCAGCACCCUGAAGUCUCUGGAAGAGAAAGACCAUAUCCACCGGGUCCUGGACAAGAUCACAGACACCUUGAUCCACCUGAUGGCCAAAGCAGGCCUGACCCUGCAGCAGCAGCACCGGCGCCUGGCCCAGCUCCUCCUCAUCCUCUCCCACAUCAGGCACAUGAGUAACAAAGGCAUGGAGCAUCUGUACAACAUGAAGUGCAAGAACGUGGUGCCCCUCUACGACCUGCUGCUGGAGAUGCUGGACGCCCACCGAUUGCACGCCCCUGCCGCCCGCAUGGGAGCAUCCCCGGAGGAGAUGGGCCAGAGCCAGCUGGCCAGCGCUGGCUCCACUUCGUCACAUUCCUUGCAAAAGUUUUAUAUCACUGGGGAGGCAGAGAGUUUCCCUGCCACAGUCUGAGAGCUCCCGGGCUCCCCCAAGGCUCUGCGAAUCCCUGCAACACAUCGCCCCUGCCAUGCGUCACUUUAGCAGAACUCUGUCUCCGGCAUACACUCUCCAGCAUGCCUCCACCACCAGCAGCUUUCUCUAUGAGUGGCCAUUCAUUUGCGUGUUAAGUUUUUAGUGGUACGUCUUCUGUUGGGAACAGCCAAAGGGAUUCCAGGGCUAAAUCUUUGUAACAGCUCUUCCCCACCCCCCACCCCCUUGUUGCUAUAUUACUAAGCAUGAGGAUUCCUAUAGCUCUUCAUGACUGAACUCAGUCUAUGAGCUUGACUGUGCAUUUAAGCUACUUAUAGAGACCCAGACCUCGAGAGUAGACAUUUCCCCUCUGAUAAGCACUUUGGAAUGGCUUGAAGAAUAAGCCACCAGAAAGAAUGUAAUGUGGCUCCUUUAACUGCUGACUUGGAGAAAGCUAGGUCCAGGGUUCAUUAUAGACCCCUCUUGUAUUCCUGUAGUGAUGUACCAUUUUAUUCAAGUGAUACCUUAAAGCUUUUGCACUCAGAUAGCAGAGUAUUAAGUGAUUGUCUAUUCAUUUCCCCUAUAGGAAUACAAGAUGCACAUAGAGAAAGAAGAUCCUCUAAUUGCCAAGACUAUUGCAACUUAGUACACUGCAGCCUCAGGCUUUCUGCAAGCUCUGUCGCUGGCUUUCCAGAGCACCGUGCCCAGGCCAUGGGUUCCAGUUAAUUCUCACCUCCCAUGGACCUGUGGAAAACAGCAAGUUGAUUUUAGUUAAGUCACCUCUACAUACAUCAGUCUCCUAAGACGUCAUUAUGGGUCACUAUGAAAAUUUUGAGACAGACUGUGUUACGGUCCAUUAUUUCACUUCUAAGAAACACAGUCGACAGUGUCCUUUCUGAUUGCCCUGUGCAGGCUUCACCUUCAUCAACACCUUCAUCAGUAUUGCUGGGAGGGCUUCGUUUGUUUCUAUCUGCACAGAUUCUGUUUCUUGAUUUUUGCAUAUCUCAAAACUUUCAUAAUGACCCAUGUAUGAAAGAUAAGUUCUUGAUUUUUGUUUUUAUUUCCAUUUUAAAAAAGAAAGCCCUCUCCCCCCAGGACUUGCAGUAAACUCAGCUUCAGGCCCUGUUCUGGUGGAGGCUCACAUUGACCAGCAGAAUGUGUGUGACUUACAUGAAGGGUGAACUGUUCAGGUGUGGUGCCCAGCCACCAUCUGGGAGGGCGCUGUGAGGGAGAAGGCGCCCCACUGCUGCAGGGUUAUCUUGGCAACCAGAGAGAAGUAGGCAAGUAGGGGAGAAACUGGAUACAACUCUGAGGCACAGUCAGCCUUGCUCAGGGUGGCCCUGCCACAGGCUGCAGCUACCUAGGAUUCCCCUUGCAGACCCCACACUGCACUCCGGGGCUGCCGUGGGAUCCAUGGGUAGUCAUUUCCAGCAUGGCCCUGAUUGAAAGGAGCCCUAGUGGCAGCCGCAGCGGACAGGCUCACUCCUGUCACAGGGCAGCCUGGUGUGGGCCUUUGUUUCUCUAGCACAAUUAUGGGUUAUUUUCUUUUCUUAACUAAAAAGAAAGUUUGGUUGCCUCCCGGAGACAUCAUUGUCUCUAAUUCAACCCCCAUUGAGAUGUGAUGGGUUGGCCAGCAUACCAGGUAAGCGGCUAGUGCUUCUCUUGGGAUGUUUGGAAGAGUCGGUUGCACUAAUCUCUGAUUAUACACCUAAAUGAUUGCCAAAGGACUGGGAAUCUGGGAGGGCAAAAAAAAAAAGCUUUUCAUAGAUGUGCAUUUAAAUUUGGGGGCAAUUUUAUGUACCUGUAGGAAUAUGUUUAAGAAUAGAAUUCUUUUGUUGUUUGUUUAAGAAGCACCUUACAUAGUAUAAUAUAUAUUUUUUUGAAAUUGCAUUGCUUGGUUAUCAGACAAUUGAAUGUAAUAAUUCUGUUCUGGAUUUUAUUUGGGCUAACAUGCAAAAACCAAGAAAAAAUAUUGAGUUUUUUAUAUACUUUUCAUGCUACCUUAUCACGUACGCAGUCAUUGAUGCCUAAAGCCUGGUGAUUAUUCAUUUAAAUGAAGAUCACAUUUCAUAUCAACUUUUGUAUCCACAGUAGACAAAAUAGCACUAAUCCAGAUGCCUAUUGUUGGAUAUUGAGUGACAGACAAUCUUAUGUAGCAAAGAUUAUGCCUGAAAAGGAAAAUUAAAUUAUUCAGGGCAGCUAAUUUUGCUUUUACCAAAAUAUCAGUAGUAAUAUUUUUGGACAGUAGCUAAUGGGUCAGUGGGUUCUUUUUAAUGUUUAUACUUAGAUUUUCUUUUAAAAAAAUAAAAACAAAACCAAAAAAAAAAAAAAAACUGAACACCAAACACAAACAUACUUCUAGGACUAUCGAUGAUAUAAUACCAGCUAAAUCCAAACCAUAAUAUGUGGAGGGUUUUACAUUCUUCAUCUAAUGUAUUUGUAUUCAUGUUAAGAUACUACUACAUGUGAAAUGGGCAGGGAACACCAGAUGGUUGAAAUGUCAGCCCAGGGGUCUCAAAACCAAGUUUGGAAAUCUUUUUAACUCUUACUUGAAGUGCCAUUAACGGACAGUGGGUAUCUUCCAGCUCGUGUUGCUGUUGGGUGGAGGAAACGUGCUGGAGAACUGUUACCUGUGAUUUUCUCCUACUCUCAGCCAAUUUGCAAUCUGAAAGAUGUGAUUUACCUGGGGGGUCAGGGUAGGGCUGGAGAAGUAGGCUCAGGAAUUUGGAGACUGGGAAAUAUAGUGAUAAGUGUAUUGAAAGUUUUUUGAGGCAAAUGAAUGAUGGAGACUGGGGAUUGCACCAGGGUUCCCUAUUUCAGUUCUGCCCUAUAAACCACAGAUAACUAGCUCCUUUGAUGUCCCUAGCCGUCUCUAGAAUGGCAGCUCCAGUUCUAGGGAAGAAAGAACAACAUCAGCAUUACAGUGGAGGGUGUAGCUAGUGGUCUGUGUUCCCUUUCAUCAGUGCCUAGCUAGCUUGCUGCCAGGAUUCUGGAACGGUCUCAUGCAGCAGUUAACAGUGGCUUGGUCAUCCAAAGAGAAGAACCUACUGAUGUAGGUUUAUAAAAUCCCCAAGGAAGCUCAUCCUUUGAUUCGAUUUCUCCAGUAACCUUGCCAGUAUGUUUAAGCACACCAUAUCACAUGCCUUUGGGGGGCUGAACAAAAUAAGGGCCUUACUGAUAAUUUACUUUUGACCGCAUUAAGGUGUUCUCACAUUGAAGUCUUAUACAUGGAAAUGGCCGGUGAUUGAGGCCAUUGGUUUAGAGUAGCCCUCCUCCUGCAUGACACCAAUUACAGAUCCCUUCCUGGUCAUGCUUUGCAACCAUGAGAUGACCCGUGGAUAUUGGGAAUGACCACCAGGACCACAGUGAUGUCUCAUAUUCACAGGCAGAUCUUCUUCGCAAAACUAGUUAUUCGAAAGGCAAAUAGAGUCACACAGAAGCUCAGAAUUCUGUUUGGUGCGGGUUCUGGGAGAUCGAUCCCAAUUACUCUGCACCCUUCCUAGUUAACCCCCUGAAAACACAUGCUCCGCCGGAGCCAAUGAACUGUGGUCCCAGAUAUCCAUCUUUUCAGUAGUGCAAUGAUGCUGUUUCUCAUCGCGUUUCCCUUCCAUUCGAAUUCAACUGUGGCCUCGUUUUAAGUCAUUUAAAAUUGUUUCCUAAGUAAUUGCUGCCUCUACUUCAAUUUUGCACUGUCUUUCAGAGAUUUAAGAAAAAUUUCUAUUCUUUUUUUUUUUUUGCAUCCAAUUGUGCCUGAACUUUUUAAAUAUGUAAAAUGCUGCCGUGUUCCAAACCCACCUUCCGUGCGUGUGUGUGUGUGUGUGUGUGUGUGUGUGUGUGUACAGAGCUGUGCACCCUGGAAACAACAUACUGUCCCAUAAGCAGGUACCCGAGACACGGACCCCUCUGCAUUCACAGAGAGGUCAUUGGUUACAGAGACUUGAAUUAAUAAGUGACAUUACGCCAGUUUAUGUUUUCUCACAGCUGAUCAACAAUGCUUUCCGUGCACUACAUAUUCUCCAGUGUGGAACUCCUGUUGUAUGGGAAAAGGCUCAAAUGCUAAAUUGUGUUUGAUGGAUUACUGUGCCCUUUCGCUGACGCACCCUAUUAUUGAUGUGAUUGGGUUUUGUCGCAGCUUUGCUUUGUUUAAUGGAACACACUUGUAAACCUCUUUUGCACCUUGGAAAAGUAAAGAAUCCAGCAGGGUGCGUGAGCACCUGUAAACAAUUUUCUCAACCUAUUUGAUGUUCAAAUAAAGAAUUAAACUAAA